AUAAAUAUUUUCCUCAUGCAGGUAUUAUUACUGAAGCAACAAUUGUAUAGUAAUGAGAUAAACAUUGAACUACCGAAUCCAAAUGUUCAAACUCAGUCAGAAGUUCAGAGUCCUGUAAAAAAUCAGAAUACAGAAAAUACUUUGCAGUCAGCAGGUCCUGUUGGUAAUGAGAAUGCUGAUAAAACAAUAGAAACUCUAACUCAGAAAUUAAAACAUCAAGAAAAUUUGCUUCAUCAGUGUAAAGAAAGAAUUAAAUCUCAGAAGGAGUGCUUAGCACAGCUGACCAGUGAGAAAGAAGCACUGCAGGAACAACUAUAUGAGAGGCUUCAGGAGCUAAAGAAAAUAAAGGUAUUGGGAAAAUAA